AUGUGGUACGAAAUCUUACCAAGUGCUUUUAUCAUAACUGCCGCUCUAGGUUUGCCCGGAUGGGGUCUCUACCAUAUUCAUAACUUGUAUUUAGGAAACCACUAUAGACGUUCAUUGGAUGACAGAUGGGACCGCAUGCUGUACCAAAGAGAUACAAGGCUUGUCAAUGAUGCCUACACAGUCCUUGGGCUGGAAAAUCUCCCGGACAAA